CAAGGAUUAAAGCGCUGGGAAAUCCUGUUUGCUGGGUGAAUGGAGAACAAGCAUGUGAUCAUAAACAUAGACAACUAGUCGACCUAAACAAAUCAGACUUUUUUAACACGUUCAAAUCUAUGGAAUACAUAUUGAAUAUUAAAUACAUGGCUUCAAUCUGUUCCCAACAUGAAUGAUCAGUCAGGGGGAAAGAAGAACUGCUUCUACAAUAUUCCAGGAGAGCAUGAGACUCAGAUGUCCGAAGGUGGAGAGGCUGAGCUACACAAGUGUUUGGUACUUUGUAAAAAGAAUCCUGGUCAUACACAGUUUGUUCCUGUGGAGUCCUUCAGCAUUGAACAUCUUCCAAGAUCUCACCGUGACGAACACCUGUACGAGGUGAUUAAAUACGUCGCAGACUUGACGGUUAGAAUCGACGUCAAAAUGACCAGUCCUGGGAGGCCAGAGUUUUGGCCAGACACAAAAGUGCCGUAUCCUUUCUAUCAAGUGAGGGGUAGCGAAAUGUUAAGACUUGGCAGCGGCCGGGUCUAUGAAGUGACCAAAUGUACCGACGUUGUAGGUGGAGACGGUGAAGCUGUGGGUGACCGGGCAUGUUGCUGUCACAGGUGCCAGAGCUCGGACUCGCCUAGCAAGGUGUGGUGGAACGUGGAAGUGCUGACCGCUGCUCAUGUUGUGUUCGAUAAGCUGGAGGCCGGAAAUACUUCUUGCAGACUGUUCUACGACACGAAAGAUAGCCCCUUGUAUAUUCUCGAUAUGGUCAAAAUUGAGGAAGUAAGCCUGGACAGAGACUGGUGCAAGCUUAACUGUGUGACCUGUGAUACAGAAAUCAUAGACAAACUCAUCAGAACUAGGACCCACUUGAACGAUAACUGGCGAUGUGUCUAUGACAAGUUCAAAACUUCAAGAGAUGAAGACCGACUCGCCUUCAUGGUUUCUCACCCUCACGGAUGUCCGAAACAGAUCAGCAUCGGUCAGUGGAUCAAAAAACACCAGUUCGAAGACGAUUUCAACAAGUUUACCUACACCACAUGUACAUGUCCAGGAAGCAGUGGCGCCACUGUCCACUGUGUGGGGUAUAGUGGAAGGUGGUCGAGGGGAUAUCAGCUUGUUCACAGUGGAACUUCAGAUUCUGACAAUAAUUUCAGUGGAGUUGGUAGAGUUUGGUGAACUACAUAAUGCGGAUCUCUUGGAUGUACCAGUAUUAAACAUUCGAGUAAUGACCCACGGCUAGUCAGAAUUGGAAGUUUAGUUUUUUUCACUCUUGAAUGAGGUCAUAUAACAUCAGGCAAGGAAGUUUUUCUAUUAUUAGAUUCAUUUCUUUAUGUCUUUUUUUGUUAGCAUAGGAUCUUAAAGAAUUGUUAGACUAUGGUAUUUUUAGUACUUCUAGAUUAUUCCUUAAAGAGCUAUCAUACUAGGAUUUUUUUUAGUACUUAUAGAUUAGGAAUUUUAAGAACUGUUAGAAUUUUUAUUGUAUUUUUAAAUUAGACUUCAACUUUUAGACUAGUCUUAUUUUUGGUAUUGUACCUUAUUUUGUAGGAAUUUUUGCACUGUUAGGAUAUGAUUUUAUUUUUUGGAAGUACUUUUAGAUUAGGAUCUAUGUUUUAGUUUAGUAGUUUAGUACUUAGGUAUUUUAAGAACUUUAUAGAGUACUAAAGUUUUCUUAUGUUUUGAAAAGUAACGUACCGUUACACGAGGGCUUUUUUUUAAGCCAUUUUUAUCAGGAAUUUUUGAAGUAAUAACUACAAGCUUGUGGAACUUAAAGACUAGAAACUUUUACUUCUGCAAUGAGAGACCUAUCGUUAACAAUGAUCUAAUAGUGAAGUCUAGAAGAUAUGUUUGAUGAUGACUUUGAUCUACAUGUUUUCAAAGAUCAGGAUUAGGCUUCUGGAUGCUUUGACUGUCUCAUCUUGUAUCAAAUGAUCAAUUCUUUUACAUUUGAAAGAUAUGUUUUGUUGAUAAAAAAAAAUUGUUAAAUAAUAUUAUUAAUAUGUGUUGAUCGAAUCUUUUAUUAUGACCAAUCUGUUCAAAUCUUUUUUCAGAUGAGUUUGUCAUGUUAGGUCUCGUGUUUAUGUUUGUCAUGUUAGGUCUCGUGUUUAUGUUUGUCAUGUUAGGUCUCGUGUGUAUGUUUGUAAUGUUAGGUCUCGUGUGUAUGUUUGCCAUGUUAUCACAGCGCCUUGAGCCUACAUCCUGUUGGUCUGCAGCGCUCUAUAAAUUAAAUUAUUAUUAAAUUGAAUUAUUAUCAUGUAAAGAACUUGAACAUUUGUAUUGUUUGGUAUGAACAAAUUGUACAUGUGAACAAAUGUAAA